AUGUCUGAGGAAUCGUAUGCCACGAAGGAGGAGCAGAUCCCCGUCCAGGAGGACGAAGUACCUGUCGAGGAGGGAAUUGACGAGGCUACUGCUGACUCUGACGCCCAGCUUGAACGUGACGAUAACGAGGCCAUCGAUAAGUCCAACAUCAUCAAGGGACGAACUCGUGGUGCCAAGCCUGAUGGAGGUUAUGAGGAGCCCGGUGAGGAAGAUAUUCCCGACGAGUAA